AAGGCUUCGCUUUAGAUAAAGUGGAAACACACAGUGGUUACCAGUCUACCGAAAUCUUUGCGCGUUCUUUCCUUUCUCUCGUUUGAAUUCGGCAAAAUGAGGUAAGAGUCAGAAAACAAUCUCUAAAAAUCUAGCUUGAAUUUUAUCCAUCCAAACAAAUACACCGUAUACCUUGAUAAAUAAAGUACUGAUCUUUCAUUAUAUGAAAAGAAAUUCCUCUAAACACUUUGAAAUUGUGAAAAAGUUUUGAUUACAAAAUUGGUGUUCGGGAGCGAUACAGUAUGUGGCCCAGUUUCGGGUCAUUUCAGGUUUGAACUGCUAUAUCUUCCUUUUCAGGAAAGGUACGGUUUUCAAAUGCUCACUUGAGAAUAGAAAAGGUGUUUCUUAACAAUAUUUCAAAAGAUUGACUUUUCUUACCUUUCACUUUUAGAAUUAUUUAUAUUUUUAAGAAUCAUUUUAGGUGCCCAGUAUCGGGUCAACUGCACCAGUAUCGGGUCACUUCAAGUUUCUUUGUUUAUUGGGCUAUUCCAUUUAAUAUCCGUACCCCCCUGUCGAGGAUCCCUGGAAUUCUUCAGGGGUAAAGGUUUUGAGCUUGGAAUUCUUCAGGGGUAAAGUGUUUUGAGGUUGGAAUUCUUCAGGGGUAAAGUGUUUUGAGGUUGGAAUUCUUCAGGGGUAAAUGGUUUUGAGUUUGGAAUUCUUCAGGGGUAAAGGGUUUUGAGCUUGGAAUUCUUCAGGGGUAUAGAGGUUUGAGAUUGAAAUUUUUCAGAGCUUGGAAUUCUUCAGGGGUGAAGGGUUUUGAGCUUGGAAUUCUUCAGGGGUAAAAGGUUUUGAGCUUGAAAUUCUUCAGGGGUAAAGGGUUUUGAGCUUGGAAUUCUUUAGGGGUGAAGGGUUUUGAGCUUGGAAUUCUUCAGGGGUGAAAGGUUUUGAGCUUGGAAUUCUUCAGGGGUAAAGGGUUUUGAGCUUGGAAUUUUGGAAUUCUUCAGGGGUAAAAGGUUUUGAGCUUGGAAUUCUUCAGGGGUAAAGAAUUUUGAGCUUGGAAUUUUGGAAUUCUUCAGGGGUAUACAGUUUUGAGUUUGGAAUUCUUCAGGGGUAUGACAAUGAAAAACAUGUAUCCUCGACAGGGGGGGUACGGAUAUUAAAUGGAAUAGCCCAUUGUAUAAAAGUGUUUGUUUUACGGCAAUUUUCGAUCAUUUUGUAUAGUUUCAACAUGUCUUAAGUUAUUAACAAUUUUUUGUGAGGUUUUGACAAGGUUUAGACAUGAUAUUUCCAGCUUGAAACUACCUCUUCUACACAGUUUUUGCGGAGUGCGUUCUAAGCAUUGAACUAUAAAUAAACUGGAAGGCUAACUGCUAUGAUGAAGGCCUAUGAUUUGAUGAAGCCAAAAUAGUUUUUCUGAGUUAUGAGCAGAAAUACUUGACCCCAAACGUCGUGCUAUAUAUCAAAUUGAAGCUAUUGAAAAUUUCUAUUUGGUGUGGAAAUUUCACGACUUCAGCGAAAAGAAAAAUAUUUUAAAAAUACAAAAACAACUGCAAAACGGCAAAUUAUCGGUAAUUAUGUUUGUAAUAUUUUGAUAUUUCCCUUUUAGCUAAAGUCUUGAAAUUUCUACACCAAAUAGCGUUUUUCAAUAGCUUCAAUUUGAUAUAUAGCCCAACGUUCAGUGUUGAGUAUUUCUGCUCAUAACUCAGAAAAACUAAAAUGCACUGGCUUCAAUUCCCCCCCCUGAGUUAGCCUUCCAGUUUAUUUAUAGUUCAAUGGUUCUAAGCAGUGCUUCCACUUUCAAAGGUUGAAACAUAGCUGACCCGAAACUGGUCCACAAAGCCAAACUAAAACGUAAUUUGUGGGACCAGAAUAUAUCUCUGAAAUUCUGAAUAAUUGAAUUGCCAUUUCAUAUUUAUAUAUUCUCGGCAAUAAUCUAUCGUCAGGACAAAAUUGGGCAGUUACAUGGAGAAUUACAUAUCAAUAAUACGAUUUAUUGUUAUUAGUUAGUUUUACUGCGCAGUGAAAUGAACAAAUUUUAGUAAAAGAAUAUAAACAUACCCGGACAAAAGGGAUUCUUCUUUGAAUACAGUUCAACUAAAAAGCCUGCGAAAACUAUCAUCCAAAAAAGGAAAGGUUCACCAUUAUAUCUAUAUAUUUCAUUUCGCGUCGCUUUUUAUCUCGGCGGAAAAAAAUGAAAUCAAAUUUCUAUUGACCCGCUACUGGUACUGACCCGAAACUGGGCCACAUACUGUACGUGUAAUGUGCCUUUUCUUGCAGUAAAAUAAAUCGUGAAGGUUUGACCGAAGGUCUACGUGCUGUCUUGCAACACUCCAAGGACAAGAAACGUGGAUUUCUUGAAACAGUUGAGCUACAAGUGAGUCUGAAGAAUUAUGACCCGCAGAAGGACAAACGUUUUUCGGGCACAGUGAAGUAAGUUUUUGUUUGACUUUUUUAACCACAUGGGGAUUGAGGAGUUCUAGUAGCUUAUAAUAGUACAUCAAUAAGUUUUUGAAAGUUAAUUUCUAGGUAUAUAAAUUAACCAUAGUCUAUGCAUCAUAGACUAUGGUUAACUUUGCAGUCUGGGAGAUGUACCCUCCCCCCUGUACCACCUCCCCCCCUUACCCUUUCUCCCCCUGAACAUCACCUCCUCUAAAACAAUUUUCUCGCUUGAAAAUCUUAACCCUCACCUUAGUGGAAAGUAUCUUGGUUAUCGAUGCAUGGUAUGCCAAUGAAAAUGUUUAACUAUCCCUAGAUUGAAACAUAUCCCACGGCCCAAAAUGAGCGUCUGCAUUCUUGGUGACGCGUCGCAUUGUGACGAGGCUAAGGCAAAUGACAUACCAUUUAUGGAUGCAGAAUCAUUAAAGAAAUUGAACAAGAACAAAAAGUUGGUGAAGAAACUAGGUUGGUUGCUUGACUCUCGUCAUUAAUUGCAACAUUUAAGUUCCAUAGAUUACAUUUCAUCUUAUCCAAUACUAAAUAUGUCCAUAAUCAGCAAAUUAAAUUUAACAGAUUGAUAAAAUAUCAAAAUUGAUAUUUUAUAAAUGGUUUGUUCCAGUAAACAUCCACAUUCCCGGGGGAGAAUUUGUUUUUGAUAAUACUAAAACAAAUUCUCAGUGUUUGAGGACAUCUAAAGGGGAGAAAGAAAUUGCUUACAAUCGGCAGAAAAGCAGGGUUUCCAACAUGAAAAAGCAGGGAAAGUCAUGACUGUCGAUCACCAUGAUUGGGAACUUUGGGAACGUUAUUUCAAGCCCUGGUGGGGUUUAACUUCCAAUCUUUUCUGUGGGAAAGGUAUGGAUGUUUUCUGGACCAACCCAAUGCUUUCCGUAUUCGCAUCUAUAAAAGCUAUGAUUUAAUAAUAACGAUGUAUUGGCAAUACAUCCACAGAGUGUCUCUUUGUUUACCAGAAUAUACAAUGUGCAACUUAUAUACGAAUACUACUGCAAUCAAUACAACCGUUAUUUAAAGUAAGGAAAUUAAAUUCAAAUCUGUAUUCAUACUAUAGCGAAGAAGUACGAUGCUUUCUUGGCAUCAGAUAGUUUGAUCAAGCAGAUUCCACGUCUCUUGGGACCUGGUCUCAACAAAGCUGGCAAGUUCCCCACCAUGAUCACCCACCAGGAGAAUAUGGUGCAGAAGGUGCAGGAUGUUAAGGCAACAAUUAAAUUCCAAAUGAAGAAGGUGAGUGAAGAACCAGAAUCUUGGGCACAGCACUCUAAGAAACUGUUUUAUUUUGGAGCAAUUUCUAUAUUAGAAAUGUUCCAUUUAAAAAUAGGUCUUUCGUGGCUAUUUAGCUGUUAAAAUUCAAAUCAGUUACCGGUGUGAACACAAAUGACCACUUGCAUAAUAGACAAAAUUUUCAUCUCAACAAGUUUAGACAAAAAUUUCAUCACAUCUUGAAAGAACAUCACAAAAUUAGUAAUAUUCCAAAGUUUUGUUGCAAAGUGUUGUAAAAUGCAGAUAAUAUAGCCUUGCAAAGUUUGCCGUUUUUGUAUUACAAACGGGAAAUUGACAGACCCAAAAGGUAUUAGUCUGUCAAAAUUUCCCCCGCGUAAUGCAAAAUGACUGAAAAACAGCAAACUUCGCAUAGCUAUAUUAUCCGCAUUUUACAACAUUUUGCAACGAAACUUUGGAAUAUUACUAAUUUUGUGAUGCUCUUUCAAGCUGUGAUGAAAUUUUUGUCUAAACUUGUUGAGAUCAAAAGUUUGUCUAUUAUGGAAGUGGUCAAUUGUACAGCUCAACCAUUUGACAAGCUGGCUUAGAGUGCUGAUAAGGCCCUUGUAACUGGUAGACCAAUAAUAUCCCACCAUUCACAAGGGUUUAUGUGUUUGGUUGAAUUGGUCGGACCUGUACCCAGGGUCUUAAAACAAUUGGGAAGCCAAUGUUAUAUUUUUGGCGAAAUUUUGUACAGUACAGGUAAUUGUAGUUGAUUACAAUAUUAGCCAAACUUGCAUCUACUAACCUUAGGGUAAACCUUAUAGUUGUCUGUCAUUUUGAAGCUACAACAUGCCCUAGUUGAAUGAUUUAGUUUACUCAGGUCAAGACCAGACAAUUUUAUUUUGCAAUAGAAAAGCUCCAGAUAAACAAUUAGUUUAGCGAUAGUUUCUGUUUAAUAAACCAGAAUAGUAGCCUACUCUAAUUAUACUAUACAAAAGGACAGUAACUCCAAAUAACAUUUUGUAGCUUUAUUGAAUCUACGUUUCAACUAUAUUGCAGUCAUCAUCAGGACAGAUUAGUGUAUAGUCCUGAUGAUGGCUAAAAUAUAGUUGAAACAUAGAUUCAAUAAAGCUACAAAAUGUUAUUUGGAGUUACUGUCCUUUUGUAUUUUAUAAAAAUACUCGGUGGUUCCCGUAACUAAUUAUACUAAUACUGGUAUUAUUUUUAAUAUUAUAUUGUUAUAAAUAUUAGCAUAUUAUUGUAGCACACAGAAUAGUAAAGUUGUAGAAAACAUGCAGUAUAAAGCUUUAUUUUCUAUGUUCAAUCUUUUUCUAGGUGCUUUGUCUUGCAGUGGCUAUUGGACAUGUUGACAUGUCAGAAGAUGAUUUAUACAAUAACACUCUUCUUGCCAUCAACUUCCUUGUCUCACUGCUCAAGAAAAACUGGCAGAAUGUCCGUGCUUUAUAUGUUAAAAGCACCAUGGGUCCUUCCCAACGAUUGUAUUAGAGUAUAAUUGAAAGGACAUUGAAUAAAAGCUUCCUAUGCC